CUCAGAUCCACUUUCAUCUGCCUGAGUGUGCUCUGUGGUAUUGCAGUGGAGAAGACUCUGGAAAAUGAUCCUUGUUUUGAGUCGCUUGGAUAUCUCGCAUUCUGUGUUUUUAUUGUGUGAAAUGGAGAAAUUGCCCUUUACGAUAUAAAUACUUACGAGGUUCAGCACGGUGUCUCCAACAUUACAGCACCUCUGUCUGCCUCCAGUACCUUUGAAGUAGGUGCCAAUGCCAAACAUUUAAAACAACGUAGACCAAUCUGCAGCUCUUUACAAUUGGGUGAGAAACCAAGUUGCCAUGGGAAACCAGCUGACUGAGAUUGCCCCAAACACACCGUUCCUGCCUAACUUCCAGUCACUCCACAUUGUGGUCAUCGGUCUGGACUCUGCCGGCAAAACCUCGCUUCUCUACAGACUGAAGCUUAAGGAAUUUGUCGAAACUAUCCCGACCAAGGGAUUUAACACUGAGAAGAUAAAGUUACCGGUCGGAAAUGGCCGUGCCAUGACUUUCCAAGUGUGGGACGUAGGCGGUCACGAAAAGCUUCGGCCGUUGUGGAAAUCUUACACGCGGCGCACAGACGGCAUGGUAUUUGUCGUGGACUCAGCAGAGGCUGAACGCAUGGAGGAGGCUAAGGUGGAAUUGCACAAGAUCACACGCACGUCAGAGAACCAGGGAGUGCCAGUGUUAGUAUUGGCUAAUAAACAGGACCUUCCAGUUGCACUGGGUGUUUCUGACGUGGCAAAAAUUUUGGCUGUACAUGAACUCAGCGCCUCCACCCUACACCACGUAGAGGGAUGCAGUGCAGUCGAUGGACAGGGGCUACAGAUGGGUUUGGAAAAACUCUAUGAAAUGAUCCUCAAAAGAAAGAAAACUGUGAGGAACAGCAAAAAGAAAAGAUGAGCAAAACAAGACAGUUAUUUUGCGAAGCUCCUCAGUGGACCCUGUAUUAUCCUAGGAUUUUGCAGUGAAUCCCUGAAUGAAGGAAAUGCUCCAGAUGGCCCAGCGGUCAGGAGAAAACAGUUUUGACCUUUAUGUGUCACACAGUAUUGAACUGCUUUCUUCCAUGCCUAAUAAUUGCUCUGCAGCUCCCCUUUGUAAUUAAGGAAUAUGUGAUAUCAUUGAGGCUGUAGUAUCAACAGAAUUCAAGCCUACGUCCUUGCCUUUUCUUCCUAGUUUCUUCAAGCAAGAAAAACUAAAUCAUAGCUUUGCAAUAUACUGUAUUGAUUUGUCUGUUAAAUCUCACCAGGUCACAGUUUUUUAUGAAGCUAAUUCAGUAGCAAAACUCAAGGGCGUGUAGAUUUUAAUUUGAGAACUUGCAAAAUAAAUAUUUGUUCUUGGCGAUGUUGCUCCGCUGCAUGACAUCAUCAAAUCUCUCUUGAGUUUACAAGUGCACAAGUUUGUUUUGCAAUGGGUAUGAUUUGAUGAUUGAAGAUUUGCGAGGUUGUAUGUGCCUAUUUGUGGUUAUACUGCGAAUCUGGAUUGAAGUAUAAAUGUAAAUAUGUAUUAUAUGUAUAACACAAGUUUAUGAACAUUCAACGUUAGAUUUUUAUUUUGUAAGUUAUCAAGACUGUGAGUGAAAAUUUUUAGCGUGCAAGCAAACAUGUUUAUUUGACAAGUUCUCAAAUUAAAAUCUACAAGCUUCUCAAGUUUGCUACUGAUUUACCUUCAUAGUUUUCUCUCAAACCUUAAAUUGUUCGACAGUGCCGAUAUAAUUAAAGGCCGUAUGUGUUCACAAUGUAGAGUUUGUGAAACUGACUGAAAGUCUUAAGCGAAUCACUUAAAGAUUCACUAUUCACACUUGUAAGAUCUAAGUUUUAGUUGGAACGCCUUUUUUGUUUUUACACGCUGUAAAUAUAUUUUGUAAUGCUGUAGAAUUAAUAAAUUAUAGAUGUCUUUGACACAA